AUGAACUGGCGAGUAGAAGUCGUCGCGGAAAAAACAGGCGUCGAGUUCCCUACCUCAAAGAAGGAGAAAAAGAAGCUAAUGAAGUUCUACGAGAAGACAAAUCCAAAUUUGAUCCAGCAGGCCGUGUCCAGCGAUGAGCUGAUUGACAAUGACUUUUACCGGAAGAGCACGCCGGCGCGAAUGUUCCGCACCUCGUCUGACUUUAGAAUGAUUUCAGGAAGCGUUUCGAAUUCUUUCAACGGAGGGCCAGCCCUAGAAACUUAUAUCGAAGCUGCGGACAGGAACCAGCAGCGAGGAGAGCUGCCAUUUACGAGGAACAGCCUCGGAGGCUUGGAGAUACUCGAUCAAACGCGUCAUGUCUGA